CGCCUUCUGCACUUUCAUAGAGAAACAAAACCGCUCAGCUGCUCAGCUUUACUUCCCCACUUCGUUCCCUCCUUCUUCUUCAUCCACCCCUCCUCCUCGCUGUUCGGAGCAAACAGGAACCAAGAUGAUGCAGGAGGUGUCCAUCAUGGUGGCUUACGACGCUCAUGUGGUGGAUCGUCCGAGCGAGGAGGACACCUUGGCUUGUUUGGUUGCUCAUUCUAAACCAUUGCGAUCUCUCAGACCUGUGGUUCCAACCAAAAAGCUGAAAAAGUUUGAGAAGGAGUAUCAGUCACUGAGAGAGAGCCAGCUCCAGCAAGAAGACCCCAUCGAUCGAUACCAGAGGGAGAACCGCCGACUACAAGAAGCCAGCAUGAGGUUGGAGCAGGAGAAUGACGAUCUGGCACAUGAGCUGGUCACCAGUAAGAUCGCCCUCCGGAAUGAUCUGGAUCAGGCUGAAGACAAGGCUGAUGUUUUGAACAAAGAGCUGCUGAGCACCAAACAGCGUCUGGUGGAGACGGAGGAGGAGAAGAGACGGCAGGAGGAGGAGACAGCCCAGCUGAAGGAGGUGUUCAGGAGGGAACUGGAGAAGGCAGAGAUGGAAAUCAAGAAAACCACAGCCAUCAUAGCUGAGUACAAACAGAUCUGCUCCCAGCUGAGCACCAGGCUGGAAAAACAGCAGGCGGCAACUAAAGAGGAGCUCGACAUCGUCAGGAAUAAAGUCAUGAGCUGUGAGAACUGCAGGGAUCUGUUCAGCACACUGGGCUCCCUGCAGGCUUCCUCCCCCGGCAGCGACAGGACAUCCAGCGAGCCUCAAGACGAGGAGAAGGACGGGCUGAAGGAGCAGCUCCGACGGCUGGAGUUGGAGCUGGCUCAGACCAAACUGCAGCUGGUGGAGGCAAAGUGCCGAAUCCAGGAGCUGGAGCAUCAGCGAGGAGUCCUGAUGACUGAAAUCCAAGCUGCUAAGAACUCAUGGUUCAGCAAGACUCUGGGAUCUCUGAAGAACUCAGGCUCCUCCUCCAGCUCAACAUCCCAGACUCCGUCCUCUCCAAAGGACGGACCUGCCUAGCUGAACCUCCAUCACCCUCAGUUCCCCUGCAGAAUGCACACUAGCAAUGCGAACAAAGGCUGAAGAAACUAUUGAAGGAGAUAUGCAGUGUUCCUUUUUUUUAACAGAUGGGGAAAAAAAAUAAGAGCUCUGGAUUUGUGUACAACAAACAGAAGAAGAAAAAAGGCAGGAAUGUAUUUUGCUCCAAAAAACACUAGAAAGACUAGUUAUGUUCCACUUUCUACAGCUACAGAAUUUAAUGAAGGUGAAUAUUCAUCAAAUUCUUAGAUUGUUUAAUCUGUUUCCAUAAAAUCAGAAUUCAUGGAUCCUAAAGAUCUGUUAGCUCCAUCUUGUGGACAAUUGUUGCUACUGCAGAAAUAUUAGCUUGAAACUUUAUCAGUUUUUCUAGCUAAACUAUUACAAAACAUUUGAGCAUAAGUUCAAAACUACUAUAGUGCUCCAUCAUAGUAGUUUUAUACAUCUACUAUUAAAAAUAUAACAAUUCACAUCCACCGUCUUUAACACAGAAACACCCAGCUCUCUGAAGAAAGGAAUACUGCCUAUUGUAGUAAAUUAAAGCAUCACAGAAGUUGCAUUUCUUUAUAGUAAUAUAACGUAAACAAUAUGGUCUUAUAAAUAUGUGUAACUAAUUGUUGACUUUUUUUAUUUUAAAUAAUCUUGUACAGUUCUUUAAGGAAAAAAAACAAACAGAAAUGUUCUUAUUUUUCUUUUCUACCGUGUGGAAGAUGAUCGUCAUCUCCGUAGAUGUUGAUGUAAGCACAGUGUGUGAGGGAUCGGGUCCAACGCAGAGGAGCCAGAUAGAGAAGCCCUGCCGAAACUUUCUGUUCACUCUACCUGGUUUUCUACCUUGUUGUUUCAGCUGUAUUUAUAAGACGUAAAUGCUUGUUUUGGUUUUAGAGCUUUUUUUUUUUUUACCGGUUCACUUUAAUUUGUGGUUCAUAGUUUACUCAUAAAAUACCAGGUUAAUGAUGUCUAGAGGCCAAAUUCAAUUCAAACUUUAGACAAAUAUGAAGUUCUGUUACGCGCUAUAUGUUAGCUUUAAGAGUUAGCUGUCAGGAGACAACGAGGCAUUGGCCAUUAUUGGAAUCUUGCAGUAUGAUAAUAUAAAGAAAGAAUGUUAUGGUAUUUCCAAAAAGGUUUAAAACAAAUACGUAUACCAUGAUCUAAUCACCUUCAUUUAAAACUAAAAGGCAAAAACUAUUCCUGCUUUUGCUCAAAUAUUACUUAUUAGCUUUAUGCGAUAGCUCUCAUUAUUUUGAUGCAUAAACAUAAAAUUAGUAUCGGCUAAAUCGGUAGUUUUCAAGUAAAAAUGAGCAUGAAAUUAUAAUUUCACUGUUAGGACAAGUUUAUACCAGCUGGUUUACCAGUUUGGUUGUUUGCUGUGUAGCCAGUCUGCAGUGAGCAACAGUAGCUCACCAGCUGCUAUUUCAAAUCGUUAAUACUUCAAUAGGAGGGAUGGGUGGUGCUCCUUUCUGUAUCGCAUGUUACGGGGUUUAUUGCAGCCAGAAAUUAUUACAAAUACAUAAAUCUGUCUCUUGUAAGCAAGAGAGAACAAUAUCUGAAGUCCACUUUUAUUCAGCCAGCUGAAUGGCAGUGCACAGCAACAUGUGGUUGAGUGCUAUGUUUUGUGCUGUUAUUCCCACUUAUUCAAAGGGAUUCGAGGUUGUUUUUGUCUUUUUUCUACAAUGUUUUGCUCAAUUUCUUUGGAUAGAUGACAUUUCUAGGCUGCUGGUCUUUUGAUUCUAACUGCAACUUUUCAAAAAAACCUUAGCAGAUAAUUCACAUCUACUUAAAAAAAAAGAGAAUUCUCUUUUUACUGUUUUGUUUCAGUAAAGAUAAUUAUUUUCAGAAUGCCAAACCCUAAACACCUUGGUGCAAACAGCACCCAGAUUAUCAAACAUUGGUUACUUUUGCUCAGUCUAUCCCAAGAUAAACAUCUUUUAUCUGAUCUCAUUAAGAAGCAGAAGGAGGUUAAUUUAUUGCUUAGCCAUUUCCAAACCGUCCUGAGGCCAUCUAUAUGAUAGUGCCAACACCUGUCUUUAUCUCGUUUUUAGUUUUUACACCUUAUUUUGCUGUGUUUUUUUUUUUUUUUUUUGUCAUUAAAAGCACAUGUGCUCCAUGUGGUUAUUGCGAUCCUCCUACCUGAGGUACCUUUUAUGUACAGCAGGUGCAAGAUGGCUUCAAACUCGAAAACAGAAGCGUUUUAUAUUCAUUUAUAAGUUGAGGAUAAUUUUGUUGCCAAAAAUGUUUUUUGCUCAAGCAUUGAUGCACUUUAGCUUCAUGUUUGAGAAGCUGUUCUACUUUGUUCUCCUCUCUGGUUGACACUGAUGUCAGCCUUUGGACUCGGACCAUCCAACAUGUACUUUGUGUGUGUGUGUGUGUGUCUGCUGUAACUCAAGCGUUUCAAGUCAAACCGUUGCUUCUUCUUCACGUUGCUGCCUUUUAUGUUGACUGAAGCAGCUGGCUGAAGAGAUAAAAAAAGCUAUCUGAGAACCCAGAGGUCAUCUUUUGUGCCAAAAGAGCCUCUCCACGAUAUUCCUCUUUUCUCCAGACCUACACCAUCCUGACAGUACCUGUUUAAAUAUUGUUCAGCCAAAAAAUAUCCUAAUCCCAGGAUUAAUUUCACUUUUUGUCCUCACUGUUGCGCAUAGUCCUUGUUGGUCUGUUAAUUGAACUUGUUAAACCAGGUAAAUGUAAACUGCGGCCAAGCUGGAGAGGGCUCCUGUUCUUUAUGUGCACUAACCUGACAUGGAUAUUUUAAACACUAUUUUAAGAUGUUUGUUUUUAUCUGAUGACUGUUGCUGAGAAGACAUAUGUCUGCCCAUUUCUAAUCUAAUUCAGUUAAUCUCAGAGAAGAGGAAACAGUGGAUGAGUCAGAUUAGAGGUGGGCGUUGUUGUCUCGUUUACAGUUUGUUGUAAGAGCUCAGUUCUGUUACAGACGGCUCCUCUACUGGUCUUUCACUGUUUCCAUAAACAGAAACUGUUUCCAAUUAAUAAACUUCAGUUUGUUCAUGAAA